AUGUUAGAAAAAAAAUCUAUUUAUGGUAGUGAUAUUAGUAUUAUGAAAGACCUGAUUGUAGAAUAUGUUAUUUCAAAGCCCUUUAUUCGAACAUUUGUCAUUUACAUAAUUUUUGGGACAUUUGCAGUUUGUACAUUUAAUGUUUUAACAGUUGAAGCUACCCGGAAAUUGACUAGUGAUAUUACAGAUAAUAAAGAUCUUAGUCAAAGUCUUUUGUAUUUUGCAGUUUUGACAAUUGUAUCAAUUACAAUGUCAGAACUUAACAAUUUUAUAUUUGUUACACCCGUUCAACAUGUAUUCAGACUGACAGGAAAAAAUUCAUUUAAAAAUUUUAUAAAUAUGGAACUUAGUAGAUACAAUAAAAUAGGAUGCGGUGAAAUACAAACAAUAAUAGACCGAGAAAGUAAAGCAAUAAGUGAAUUGAUCGAAGUUUUAUUUGUUAAUAUCAUAAAUAUUUUUUUUACAGUUAUAUUGGCGUGUUCGUCAAUUUAUACAAAUUUAGGGUUGACAAAUAUGUUUAUUAUUUUAAUCACAUUAUUAGUUUACAUCCUUGCAACUGCGAAAAUAGUUCAUUGGCGUACAGGAAUAAGAAAAGAAUAUAAUUGCGCACAACAAAGAUGCUCAAAUCAUUUACAUGAUUCUUUAAUUAAUCAUGAGACUAUACUAGCAUAUAAAACAGAAGAAGAAGAAUCGCUUAAAUAUGAAAAAUAUGUUUCUGAAGUAGAAUCAGAAUGUAACAGAAUCUGGAGAUCUCUUAGUUUUUUAUACCUUGUAAAUAAGAUAAUUUUUGCUUUACAGUGUUUUAUAGUUAUAACAUUAGGAAACUAUGGAAUAUUAACAGCAAAACUAAGUGCCAGGGAUGUUGUAUUUUAUAUUGGCAUUAAUAGAACAUUGUAUUCAAGUUUUGGACAAUUAGGGUUCUUUUACUCACGAUAUACACAAGCAAUCUUAAAUAUAAGAACAUCUUUUAAACCAGAGCUUAUAAAAGAAGAACCAAAUUUAGUAGAUGUUAAUGAAUUUAAUAAUGAUAUAAGAUUAGAAAAUGCAUCAUUUAAUUAUUACUCCAAAAAAAUUUUAACGGACAUAAAUAUUUUAAUUAAAAAAGGUGAAAAAGUAGCUAUUAUUGGAAAAAAUGGAUCGGGAAAAACAUCUCUUAUAAAGAUGAUUAUGAGAUUUGAAAAUUAUGGGGGAAAUAUUUAUCUAGAUAAUCGAGACAUAAAAGAAAUUUCUAAUAGUUCAUAUAGAUCACUUAUAUCAUUUGCACCACAAACCUCAUUUUUGUUUAACGAAACGGUUUAUUAUAAUUUAACAUAUGGAAAAGAAAUAUUUGAUAAAGAAGAAGUUAUAAAAAUCAGUAAAAAACUUUGUGUACACGAUUCUAUAAACAACCUAGAGGAUGAAUACAACACACAUGUUGGAGAUAAGGGACAUAAGCUUAGUGGUGGAGAAAGACAAAAAGUAAUUUUGUUAAGGUCGGCACUAAAAAAUUCUCCUAUUAUAAUUUUAGAUGAGCCAACGGCCGCAUUGGACAAAAAAGCUGAAUAUGAAAUUCUUAAAAGUCUAAUCUCCAACAACUUAGAGAAGACAAUAAUUAUUGUUUUACAUAAUUUAGAUUUACUCCACUUAUUUGAUAAAGUGCUAAGUAUUAAAAACAAAACUGUAUCAUUACAUAAGAUAGAAGAAAAUAUUAUUUCUACAUUAAACUUAUAA